GUCAUUUUUGAUAAUCUGUCAAAAAUUGCGGUCGAGCCGGAGCUUCUUGUGAAAUUAUCGUAAAAUUAAAGAAAAACAGGGAAAAAUUCGAAGCGGUUUAGGAGAAAAACCCUCAAAAUGGAUAUUCGUAAGGUGACGGAUUUGUUGCGGUCCACCAUCGACCCCAACCAGCGACAACAGGCCGAAAGCCAACUGGAUCAGAUUCACAAGAUAAUCGGAUUUGCUCCGGCCCUUUUACAAGUCAUCAUGAUGACUGAUUGUGAUAUGCCUGUGCGGCAAGCAGGUGCUAUAUAUUUGAAAAACUUGGUUUUAUCCAACUGGCAAGACCGAGAAGCGGAAAAUGGUCAACCGGUGCCGUUCGCUUUACACGAACAAGACCGGGCAUUAAUCAGGGACAGUAUUGUGGAUGCGGUGGUGCACGCUCCCGAUUUAAUUAGAACGCAACUGUGCACCUGCGUACACAUUAUGGUCAAACAUGAUUUUCCUGGAAGGUGGACCCAAAUUGUCGAUAAAAUAAGCGUUUAUCUUUCAAAUCCUGACCCGAGCGGAUGGCACGGGGCUCUCCUGAGUCUUUAUCAAUUGGUAAAGAAUUUCGAGUAUAAAAAGGCUGAAGAAAGGGCCCCACUGCAUGAGGCCAUGAACUUGUUGUUGCCCCAGCUGUAUCAGCUAGAGAUUAGGUUAUUGCCGGAUUCCUCAGAACAGUCUGUGCUACUGCAAAAGGAGGGGUUGAAAAUUUACUUUGCCCUCACACAGUAUAUUUUACCUUUGGACUUGAUUAGUAAGGAAACUUUUGCACAAUGGAUGGAGGUUUGUAGACAGGUAAUAGAAAGAGCAGUACCCCCUGCAGCACUUCAACCAGACGAGGACGAAAGACCCGACUUGCCGUGGUGGAAAUGCAAAAAAUGGGCCCUCCACAUACUUUAUCGCAUGUUUGAGAGGUACGGAUCUCCCGGUCAUGUGUCUAAGGAAUACAACGAUUUUGCAGAAUGGUACCUGCAAACGUUCAGUACUGGUAUUUUGGAGGUGCUACUGAGGGUACUGGACGGGUAUAGGGGUGGACACUGGGUGCCGCCCAGGGUACUGCAACAGACUUUAAAUUAUCUUAAUCAAGCCGUAUCUCACGCUCACACGUGGCGCAUAUUAAAACCGCACAUGCCCGCGAUAAUUCAGGACGUCCUCUUUCCCCUGAUGAGUUACUCGGCGGAAGACCACGAACUGUGGACGGUCGAUCCGCACGAGUACAUCCGCGUGAAAUUCGACGUGUUCGAGGACUUCGUGUCGCCGGUCACUGCCGCCCAGACCCUCCUACAUUCUGCGUGUAAGAAACGCAAGGAAAUGCUGAACAAAACGAUGGCGAUGCUGACCCAGGUGCUGACGAAUCCCGCGACGGAGGCCCCCCAGAAGGACGGCGCCCUUCACAUGGUCGGCUCGUUGGCCGACGUCUUUUUAAAGAAGAAAGUUUAUAAGGAGCAACUGGAUCAGUUGUUUAUCAAAUACGUGUUUCCGGAGUUUAAUAGCGAACGGGGCCAUAUGAGGGCGAGGGCCUGCUGGGUGCUGCAUUAUUUUGCCGAGUUUAACUUUAAACAGGAAAAUGUAUUAAUUGAAGCAGUAAACCUGACCAUCAGAGCCCUGCUAUUCGACAAAGACCUGCCGGUUAAAGUGGAGGCCGCCAUUGCGUUGCAAUCUCUAUUGAACUACCAAGAAAGAAGCCACAAGUACAUUGAAACACAGGUGAAACAAAUCGCGUUAGAAUUGCUCACGAUAAUACGGGAAACGGAGAACGAGGACGUGACCGGGGUGAUGCAGAAGUUGGUGUGCGUGUUCACGCAACAGUUGGCCCCGAUCGCGGUCGAGAUUUGUCAACAUUUGACGAGCACGUUCACGCAAGUGCUCGACACCGACGAGGGGUCGGACGAGAAGGCGAUCACGGCGAUGGGGCUGCUCAACACCGUCGAGACUCUCUUGACGGUGAUGGACGAGCAGCCGGAGGUGAUGAGGAUGCUCGAGCCGACCGUUUUGCAAGUUAUUGCCCAGGUACUUCAAAACGAAGUCCAAGACUUCUACGAAGAAAUCCUCUCUCUAAUCUACGACUUGACUAGCAAACAGAUUUCUCCGGACAUGUGGAAAGUGUUCGAACUGGUCUACCAGGUAUUUAUGAAAAACGGGAUAGACCACUUCACGGACAUGAUGCCCGCCCUUCACAACUACAUCACCGUCGACACCGCCGCCUUUUUAUCGGACGAAAAACGUCUUCUGGCCAUUUACAAUAUGUGCAAAGAGGUGCUGACCAAAGAUAACGGCGAAGACCCGGAGGCACACGCCGCCAAACUACUUGAGGUGGUUUUACUGCAAUGCAGAGGAAAAAUCGAUCAGGCGGCUCCCCAAUUGGUUGAGUUAGCGGCCACCAGACUACUAAGAGAAGUAAAAACGUCCGAACUAAGAACCAUGUGUUUACAGGUCCUUAUCGCGGCGCUAUACUACGACCCCCAACUCCUCUUCGGGGUGCUACAGAAAAUGCCCGACUUCACCAAUCAUUUUAUCAAACAGUGGCUGCACGACACCGACUGUUUCCUGGGCAUUCACGAUCGGAAAUUGUGCGUUUUGGGGCUGUGCACCCUGAUCGGUUUGGGACAAAAACCGCCCGUUUUAAUCGAAAUGGCCCCGAAAAUUGUGCCCUCGUUGAUUCUGCUGUUCGACGGACUGAAGAGGGCGUACGCGGCCAAAGCGCAGGCGGAAGCGGAGGAGGAGGAGAGCGACAGUGAGGACGCGGAUCUUGGAGAGGAUGUCCUUAGCUCGGACGAGGACGAACUGGACGACGAGGGUCAAGACUACCUCGAAACUUUAGGCAAAAAAGCGUUAGCGGCCGGAGAAGCUGCCGGUAUGCAAGUGACGGCGACAAUAAACGAUCUCGAGGACGGAUCCGAUGACGAGGACUCUGAUUACGAGCCGAAUGAAGAAACCGUAUUGGAAACUUACGGUACGCCGAUUGACGAGGAGGAUUGCGACGUCGACGAGUAUUUGGCCUUUAAACAAGUGAUGACCAGUAUACAAACUAGGGAGCCCGAAUGGUACGCCGCCCUGACGGCGAAUUUAACGGAGCAACAGUUGAAAACUUUAAACGAGGUGGUGGUGUUGGCGGAACAGAGGGCCGCCGCCAGGGAAAGUAAAAGGAUCGAGCAACAAGGAGGUUACAUGUUUACCCAACAAGCAGUACCGACCAGUUUCAAAUUUGGCGAUGGAAAAUCGUGAAAGUGAGUGCCUCAAUGGGCAGAAUAAAAAAGUGGACAUUUUUUAAAAAAUAAAUAAAUAAUUCUUUUUUAAGGCAUAUACACAAAAAAACAAUCUCGCGCCGCCGCAUUUUUUCAUAACUUAAUCCAGCAGCAGCAGCAUAAUGUCGUCGUGUAUAUUAAGUGUGUUACACUACUGUUAUCAUAUUAAUAAUUUUUAAUGUGACUGAAUGUUAAUAAAAUUGACUCUCAAAUGAUUAUAAAAAAAAACAUAUUUAUUGGUGGUUUUUUUCGGUAUUUAAUCGUUCAGUGUCGCUGUACCGGGUCUCCGUUGAAUUAUUGAAAUUCCUUUUUUGCUUAUUAUUUUCUUUGGCAGACGGGUGUGUCGUGUCGCAAUUUAGGAUAACCAAUUGAAUAUACUUGUUAUUUUUGUAUACAAAAUGCUCCGUUAGGGUACUUUAAAUUAUUGUUUUAUUGCAUUUAAUAAAAUAUUUUGCUUCA